AUGGCUGACAGAUCGCUCAAAGAUCUGAACUACGGCCAUCCCGGUGCAGCGACUUACGACCUGGGCAAUAGAGAGUGGACGUUUGCCAGGCCAUAUACUACACGCCCAUUCAAGCGCAUUCGAACUUCGAAGGACGCGACUUCUGCGAGCAGUCAUGCGACACCGGCAUUUUCUCUCCCUGCAGAAAUUCUAGCGAGUAGGACCAGCAUACAGAAAGAGAUCAGCAACAGCAUCGAAGAACACCCUCAGCUCUCUGCAGCAGCCGUUGUCCUCCCCGAUUUAGCUGUAGUAUCUGCUGCCAUAUCAUCCACGGCUUCUACCUACGAUCCGCUCGUCGGCGACCUACUCUCCUUCGGUUCGAUUACACCCAAGGGUAGACACGAGGCAUGGCAAAUAGCUGCAUUGCCGACGGGAGACUCUGGCAGCAUACUGCAGUUGUCAAUCCUAGACAACGAAAGACACGGUUGGACAGCAGACCCGAAGUCAUGGGUAGAAGGGCGGACCUUGAAAGACACGGAGAGUGGCUUCUGGAAUGAGGAAGCGGCACCGAUCCAGCAAGUUCACUUUUCGCAUUCGGAUGACAGCAGACCCUUUCUGGCUGUGCGACUGCCUACCCGUACUGUCCUCUUCCACCCAGACUACCACCGCCGACCACGCGCUUCCGAUGUCUCACCGUUCUACCGCUUACCCGCCUCCUCGAUCGAACUCCACCCUAUACUCAGCAUAAGUCAAAACAAUACCGGUGGCUUUGCUCAUGUCGACGUCACAUUCAAUCCAGACUUCCCGUUGCAGUUUGCACUCGUCGACCUGAAUCAGACAUGGAGUGUAUGGGACAUCGAGCAUCGGCCCAGACUUGGCACGUACUCGGCUUCAUGCCUGCUUCGUGGAAAGAUCGAUGGACUGGAAGAGGACGGGGACACAGCUUGCGAAGACGGUUGGGCGAGGAUUCUCUGGGUAGCUGAUACAACGACGUUGAUGGUAUGCAACAGGCGCCAUUUGAGCAUCGUCAGCAUCAAGGGCAGGACAACGUCAUACCUUCCCUGCCCAGAGCUUUUCAGUGAACGAUCGGCAGACUGGAUCUUGGAUGUCAAGCAACACCCGAGUGAUAGAAGUCGGGUUUUCGUCUUGACCUCUACUCGUUUAUUCCUCCUUUCGGUCACUGCACCAAGUGAGCUGCUUCCGAGGGCUGGUGAAGCUGGAGCUAAGGUCCUCACAUCCUGGCGGCACUACCGGGGCGUGGAGGAUUUCACACUUCACAUAAGCGUGCAGAUGCUGUCGGACGAUGUUAACAACUUGGUCCAAAUGCAAAGCUUCCGCAGCAAUACCUCCGAUUCUUCCGGCCUCGUUACCACUUCGGAUCCGACCCUGCUAGACCUACCCAUCGGUGGAUCCGCGCACAUAAGCAACUUGUACAUCGAGCCCAUGCGAUGGGAAUACUCAAAGAAAGACUGCGUUUUCCUCCAACUGUUUGUGACGCUCUCCGACUUAAGUACGCGCGAGCUGGUUGUCUGGAGUCGGAGCACCUCGACAGGACAUACCACCGAGAAUGACCAUGCCGUUGUAGACUUCACGCGAAGCACGAUCAAACGCCCUAGAAACCUCAUCUUUAACUCGAAACCACGCUACAAAGACGAGGAUUUUAUAGUGCCUAAUGGAUUGGUCGACAGAGGGUUACCAAGCUCCAAGAUUGGCAGGCAGCAGCCAGAAUUGCGCAGAUCCUGGGACGGUGCUGCCAUGCCGGAAACUCGGGACAAUGCUUCUCUAGGCGAGAUUCUAUCUCAGUCAAAGAGCGCGGCGGAGCAGGUCUCAGGUACCAUCGAUGCGGUGGCCGUCAUGGAUCAAGUGAACGAAAUGCUGGCGACUGGUGCAGACUUGCCACCUUUACCAUUGGGUACUCUGAUGGAGUUUACGCACGCACAGUUCCAUGUUGCAGACAUUGACGAAGCUUCGUCCAACUUCCAAGAGCUGUUCUCUUCGCCAAAUGGUCAAGAUACUGUGGAUGUUCAGCGUAUCGCAGCUAUGCGCGUACUUGGUUUGACCGACGACAGCGACCUCACCAUUUCCGAUGCAUACGAUAGUAUACUCCAGACGUGGGUUGCGCCUAUGCCACCCGAUAUGCCAAUUCGCGUUCGGCAACGCCAAGAACUUCUGGCUCGGCGAAUUGCUACGGAGUUGCUGUUCUCAAGCACGUGUAUACGUGACGAUCGGAUCCAAGUGCCAGCUGUUAGCAUACAGCGUGGGCAGAGUCAGGACAGUGCCGUAGCCUUGCCCAUCUUGCCUGCAAGACCAAAGGAGGCUACCUUCAACUUCACCUCAAGAUAUUCUGCCUCUCAGCCGUUACCGACACCGCCAUACUCAUCUAUACCACCUUCGUCUUUGCCUCCAUCCUCUGUGUAUGGAUCGUCCCCACCCGAGAUACCUUCCAUGGAGCCAGCUUCGUCAGACCCCCUUAGUCGGCUUAGCAAGUAUCUUCAAACUUCCAAAGACCCGGCUAUCAUUCCGCCAAACGUUUCUCAAGGUCUCGCGCAUUGGGAAUUAGGAAAGGAUCCGCAUGUGUACAAUUGGGCCAGUAUGGAGCGUACUCUUCGGGCCGAAGAACUAGAUGAAGAGAGCCAGCAACAACGCGAGAAGGAACGCAAGAAGAAGGAACGUAGGGAAAAGCGCCAACAACGCGAGAACGAGCUCAUGAGGGCCAAGACUGCGAGUCAACUCAACGCAUAUCCGAGAAGCUCUCCAGGGCCCACGCUGGGUGGUAUAGGUAGCAGCAGUCAGGUACCGAGUCAGAGCCAAAGUCAAAGCCAGGUACCAUUCCAGACUGGUGGCUUCAUGAUGCCACUAAGUCAAGUAGAGCGGGGCAAGUUUGGAGGAAAGCUAGACAAGAAGAAGAAAAAGAAGGGGAGGAUCAGUGGAUUUUAA